ACAUUGCUUGCUGAAGAGGAGCUUUGGGUGUCGCUGCUUGGAGGUCGAAAGACAAUCAACGUCUGAGAGGGAAAUAUGUUGGUGCGCAAUUUAUACAACUUGUUUGAAUGUGGGCUUACAUCAACGACAGCAAGACUUUGUGAUCGACACUCUACUCUGUCAAAUGGAUAUUUAGCUGUGCUGUUUUUCAACAACUCUGCAUGGGCUACAAUAAGAGCUGGAUUGACUCUUACCUUCUUUGCUAUUCGCUUUUCGCUUGAUUUACAAUUUGCUGUGUGGGGGAAGUCACGUUCAAUGUCAAGUCACUGCUCUCUGCGGAAGCCUUAUGAGAUCAUCCCGGGAUAUCGCCAUAUUGAAAACCCGCCAGAGGUUCGGUCCACGUCCAUGGUGCUCGGGAUGAGUCAUUGGAGGACGAAGAUCGGGUGUCCUUAUGCUGCCAUGAAAUGUCGUUUUUAUUAUGUCCAAUUAUGUUCAGAAAUAAACAACUUGGAGAAUGUGUUCUAUGUUCUAACAACGACUCGUCUCCUUUCUGCCACUGAUGUAAUCGCAAACCGCAAGAAAAACACUCUACUGUGUCAUUUCUGCCAGUAUAAUAAAAUCCUGCUGAAGAUAAUUGGAACUUGUUUGGUUUUAUUUGAGGUGACCACAUGUCGAACGUUUUAA